AUGCCGCUCACUAAGCAACAGGCCGACGACGAGGAAGUUCAUCUCGCCAACGUCGUCACGACGUUCAAGCAGUACGGCCCGUAUUCCCUAAACGCAAACAACAGGCGGCGAAAAGACAUACACACCCUACCGCUAGCGGACCGGGAACUGCUCAGCUUGUUGCCGUACAAACAACGCAUCACGGACACGGACAAUGCAAUCCUCGCCAACGCCCAGUUCCUGGACGCCGUCAUUGCCAGCCCCGAGAUCUUCAGCCAAGGGCCCGGAGAUGCCGAAGACGAAUUCAACGAGGACGACCCUGAGAUGCGAGGGAACGACCAGGGGGACGUGGAUGACGGCGAUCACGCCCAACUGUCGCAACCGUCGCAAAGCCACUCGCACUCUCAUGGCCACUCCCAUGGCGAGCCGCCGAGUGGCCCAAAUGUGCGGAAAGCGGAGUUCAAACCGUCAGAACACGAUAUGGAGAAGCUUCGCAGUACCCUCAAGCAGCUCGUCCGAGAUUGGAGCGCGGAGGGUAAGAUCGAACGCGAUGCGUGCUACGAGCCCAUGAAAGAUGCACUUCUCCAGCACUUCUCGGACAUCCCGCAGGAAGAGAGAGGGAACUUCCGCGUUCUCGUGCCCGGCUCUGGUCUUGGUCGACUUGCAUGGGACGUUGCAAAUCUCGGUUUCGGGUGCCAGGGGAACGAAUUCUCGCACUAUAUGCUCCUCACUUCGUUCUACAUGCUCAACAGGACGGACCAGAUCGAGAAGCACACAAUCUACCCAUAUGUCCACUCGUUCUCCAACAUACCAGACCGCGCCGCUCUCCUUCGCCCCAUCAAGAUUCCCGACGUCUUGCCAUCCUCGCUCACCCCAGACACGGACUUCUCACUUGUCGCCGGAGACUUUGAGGAGAUCUACGGCAAGAAGAGCCCGGGCAGCGACGAGCCCGAGGAGGGCCACUGGGACGCCGUCAUGACGUGCUUCUUCAUCGACACGGCGAAGAACGUCGUGAACUACCUGCGCAUCAUCCACCACAUCCUCGCCCCGGGCGGGGUGUGGAUCAACCUUGGCCCGCUGCUCUGGCACUGGGAGAACAACAACACGAACGACCCGUCGGUAGAGCUCACGCUCGAGGAGGUCAAGGAGCUCGCGCGCAAGAUCGGGUUUGAGAUUUCUAACGAGCGCACCAUUGACACGACGUACACAAACAACGCGCACAGCAUGCUGGGAUACGUCUACCACGCCGCGUUCUGGACUGCUACGAAAGUGAUCUGA